UUUUCUUUUUUUUCUUGCAUUUUAAUCGACCAAACCUAGGACUUGGCAUCAAAAUAUGAUUUUUUUUUUCCUAGUUUUGAGAGAGAUCUUGGAUCCUCAUCUAUACAUCAUCUCUUCCCAUGUAUACAUCAGACUUCAAAGAUUUGUUUCACUCUGUUUCCGAAAAGAUUGACGUAGAGUAGCAGUUCAUCAUUAUCCUGUGAGGUAAAUUGCAGUUUUUUGGCAUCUAAAUGUAUGUGGGCUAAUUAAGAAACAUUCCAACAAAACACAAACCAAGAUAAAAUGUUUCUAACAAAGACAUUUUGUUGGAGCAGCUAUUUUUUUCUGUAUCCAAUUUGACCUGGAAAUAUAGAAGCAUUAUUGCUUACAGAAGCAUUAAUGCUUACUGAAUUAAAAUAGGAAGGAAAAGUAAGUCAUUUGUUCAGUUUAUACCCAUUAUUGUUAUUUUUUAAAUAAAGGUCUUUGGGUUAUUUCACUGCUAAAGGAAUCGGGAGUGUUCUGCACAACUCUGAAGGUUAGCUAAGGGGUUUCUUAAAUCCUCAAUCUCGUCCUAUAAUUGACAAGAGGGAGGACUUUUUUUUAUUAUUAAUCUGGUGGACAUCAAAGCUGUCUGCUCCAACACAUUCAGUCAAUAUCUAGAUGAAAAGAGGAAUGUCUUUCACAUGAUUAGCUUCUCUAGCUAGCCUGUAGGUGGGUGUGUUUAACAGAAGGAAGCAGUAGGAAUGAGCCUGUCAGGCUGCCUUUACAACUAAUUAGCUCAGCAUACAACAAAGAUAAGCGAUCCGGGGAGGAGGACCCCCUGAAGGUUCUUUCGAUUCUGGGAAAUGUCUGAGUGGCAGAUGUUAAGAGAUCCUUUAGAAGUCCAGUGCAUCAAUGUACUGCACACAUUCAGCACAGGACUGGAAUAAUUCAGGCAUGAGGACACUUUUUGGGUGCACUCUGGAAAAGCAGAACCAAAAUGGACAGAACCUUGGAAUCUCUGCAACAUAUAAUUGCCCAAGCACUGCCUCAUAGAGACCCUGCCCUCGUAUUUAAAGACUUGAACGUUGUGGUAAUACUGCAGGAAUUCUGGGAGAGUAAACAGAAGCAGAAAGCUGUAUUUCCAAAUGAAGGCACAGUGGUGUACGAGUCCCUGAGCUCUCCCGGUCCUCCAUUUGUGAGUUAUGUCACCUUACCUGGAGGAAGCUGCUUUGGCAACUUUCAGAGCUGCUUAAGCAGAGCAGAAGCAAGACGAGAUGCUGCAAAAGUAGCUCUGAUCAAUUCUCUUUUCAAUGAACUGCCCUGUCGCAGGAUCACAAAGGAAUUCAUUAUGGAAAGUGUUCGGGAAGCUGUAUCCUCAACCAGUGGUAAUUUAAAGGAUGCUGAUGAUCCAAGCACUAGCAUUGGAGCCUACCACUAUAUGUUGGAGUCAAAUAUUGGGAAAACGAUGCUGGAAUUCCAGGAGCUGAUGAUAGUCUUUCAGCUGCUGCAUUGGAAUGGAAGUCUUAAAGCCCUACGUGAAACAAAGUGCUCACGCCAGGAAGUAAUUUCCUACUAUUCCCAGUAUUCCUUAGAUGAAAAGAUGAGAAGUCAUAUGGCUCUGGACUGGAUUAUGAAGGAGAAAGAAUCUCCAGGAAUUAUUUCCCAGGAGCUACAACUGUCACUUCGAGAGCUUGAGGAAGCCAGAAAAGCUGGACAAGAACUGAGGUUUUACAAAGAAAAGAAAGAAAUACUGAGUUUAGCACUGACCCAUCUCUACAGUGAUCAAGUUACCUCAUAUUCAAACAAUGGUGAUCAAAUGAGCCUGACCCUAAGCGGGUCUCACAGCCUUGCUGCCUUGAAGUAGGAUUAUAACAGUGAACUCUAACAUACUAAUCCUUGGUGAUUCGGCCAUCUAUGGAAGUAGUAGAAGUUGCUUUCCUUUGCUGUUUUAAAUUAUGAAACCACUAGAAUUGAGAAAAUCUUAUUUUUGAAGGCAGGUAUUAUUUUCCUGCUUCAGGCCAGCACAAAAGUACUUUGGUCAUUUAGUAUAUUAAUGUUAUUACACUGUAGAUAGCUUGAGGACACCCUGGAGAAAACUUAGUGAUGGCAAUUACACACACACACACACA